AUGAUUCAACCUCAAUUUCUGGCUCUAGCAGCCCUUUUAAUUUCACCUCUCACUUCAGCCGCUCUGACCGAAUGCCCCUCCAAGGAAGCCCAAUGGACAUCCAAGACCGGCACCGACUACGCCAUCUGCCGUAACACAGACUACAGGAACGGUGGAAGCAGUCUCAAGGUCGUCAAGCAAGUCCGGGACACCAACGCCUGUGCUCAAAUCUGCAACCAGGAUCCUCGAUGUGUCAAGGCUGUUUACGAUAAGCGAGGCCGUAUUUGCCACGUCAAGGACAACAACAAUGCGGCCCUCAUGGACUGGGCUGCUGACAAGAACUUCGACACCAUCCGUGUGAAGAACGUCGAUGAGGGAGUCUUUAUUUCUCGAUGCCCUGCUCCUACCAAGGACUACCGUUCCAGAAGCGGCAAGACCUUCAACGUUUGCCACAACACUGACUACGUUGGCCCAACUGUCAAGCAGAUCAAGGGUGUCACUACUCUUGCCGCAUGCGCCGACCUGUGCUCUGGUAUCAAGACCUGCAAGAAGGCUGUCUUCGAUAAGCAGGAUAACAUCUGUCACAUCAAGGCUGUCGAGCCCCAGGCUUCCCUCUUCUGGGUGCAGAGCAAGAGGUUCAGUGUUGUCCAUGUUCCCACCACUUCCAACCCUGCCACUCAAGGCCAAUGGUCUGAUAUCUUCCGCCUGCCCGUUAUUCCUGUUGCUGCCUACGUUGUUCCCCAAUUCCCCCAGUCCCAGCAGCUUCUUUUCUUCUCAUCUUGGGGUAAAGAUGCUUUCGGUGGCGCCUCUGGCCGAACCCAGUUCGGAGCCCUCGAUCUCCCUAGUGGAAAGAUUGGCACCCGAGAGGUCGCCGAUACUCACCACGACAUGUUCUGCCCUGGUAUGAGCCAACUUGCUGAUGGCCGUAUCUUGAUCCAGGGUGGUUCCGAUGCCGACACUGUCAGUAUCUACAACCCCAAGUCCAACACUUUCACCCGCGGCCCCAACAUGAAGAUGGCCCGUGGCUACCAGACUUCCACCAUUCUCUCCGACGGACGAGUUUUCACCAUCGGUGGAGCUUACUCUGGCCCUCGCCAGGGUAAGAACGGUGAAGUCUACGACCCCAAGACCAACAAGUGGACCAUGCUCACUGGCGCCGACGUCAAGCCCAUGCUCACCCAGGAUCAUGAAGGUAUCUGGCGCGAGGACAACCACGCCUGGCUGUUCGGCUGGAAGCGAGGCAGUGUCUUCCAGGCUGGCCCUAGCAAGGAUCAGCACUGGUACAGCACCAAGCAAAAGGGUUCCGUUGUCAAGUCCGGCCGCAGAGACGAUGUCAACGCCAUGUGCGGUGUCUUUGUCAUGUACGAUGCUGUUGCUGGCAAGAUCCUCUCCGCUGGAGGUGCCCCUGACUACACCAACAGCAACGCCAACAAGCACGCCCACAUCACCACUCUCGGCGAGGCCUACAAGCCUGCUACUGUCAAGCGUGUUGCUGACAUGGCCUUCCCUCGCGGUUUCGGCAAUGCUGCCGUCCUGCCUGACGGAACCGUCCUUGUCACAGGAGGUCAACGCAAGGCCAUGGUCUUCACCAACACUGAUGGCAUUCUCAUCCCUGAGCUGUAUAACCCUGCCACCAACAAGUGGACCCAGCUUGCUCCCCACGCCGUCCCUCGCAACUACCACUCCGUGUCCAUCCUGCUUCCCGAUGCCACUGUCUUCAUUGGUGGUGGCGGUCUCUGCUACGUUGCCAAAAUCGGUGGCUCCACUGCUGGAUGUGACAAGACAGCCGAUCACGCCGACGGAGAGAUCUUCUCGCCUCCUUACCUCUUCAAGAAGGACGGCUCCCUCGCUGAUCGCCCUGUCAUCCAGAACCUUGCACAGAAGGCCGUCAAGGCGGGCAGCUCGCUCAGCUUCAAGGUCGCCAACACCUCUGGAAAGGUCAAGAUGUCGCUUGUGCGUAUGGGAAGCGCCACCCACUCUGUCAAUAGUGAUCAGCGACGUGUUCCUCUCACCAACUUCUCGGUGAAGGGUAACCAGUACACCGUGAAGCUGCCCAAGGAUACCGGUGUGCUGCUCCCUGGGUACUACUACCUCUUUGUCAUGUCGCCCCAGGGUGUUCCCAGCAUGUCCAAGACUGUUCACAUCACACCUUAA